AUGCCGGCGCGGCGCGGCCGUCCCCGCCGGGCUCCGAACCGCGGCGCUGCCGGGGAGGGCCGCGCCGAGGCCGCGUGGCGGGAGUUCGCCGCCUCCUUCGCGCAGGCCGGCAUGGUGCCGCCGGGCGGGGCGGGGCUCGCGGCCGCGGAGGCGGCGGAGGGCGCGGCCGUGCUGCUCCUGGGCCCACAGCAGGCGCUGACGUUCAGCGGGAAGUGCCGCCUCACGUGUCUGUAUGGCGCCGUACGGGUGCUGGGCUUCGCCGUGGCUCCGCAUCAGCCGCCGCUGCCGCUGCUGUCGCCGCCCACGCACUGCGCGCUGUCCCUGGAGGCGCUGCCCGCCGCCCACGCUGCUCACGCCGACCCCCGGCAGCUCCGCACCGCCGCCCGCAGCGCCCUGCGCGCCCACCGCGUCCGCCGCCAGGCGCGGCUGAAGCUGAUGGCGCGGUUCUCUCCCGACUGCGCCGUGGUGCUGCUGGAGCACCUGGACACGGCCGUGACGCGCUUCCUGCUCAGCCUGCCGCCGCUCUGCCGCCUCUUCGAGCCCCAGGUGAGCCGCGGCCCGACCCCGCGCCGCCCCGACGGCCGCGCUGCGCGGCGCGAGGACGAGCCCGACGUGACGGCCGAGGCGGCGGUGCUGGCGGCGGUGGGCAUCGUGCCCUGCAGCCCCGAGCGGGGCCUGCUGCUGUCCGACAGCACGCUGUGCGCCCUGCAGGAGCUGGUGCGGGUCUGCUGCGUGGAAGACGAAGGCGUUCCGGUCAUCAUGGUGUGCGGCCCUAAGAGCAUCGGCAAGUCCACGUUUAACAGAUACCUGAUCAACCUGCUGCUAAACCACCUCCCCUCUGUUGAGUACAUGGAAUGUGACAUAGGGCAGACUGAAUUCACGCCGCCCGGAUGCGUGUCUUUAAGUAACGUAACGGAGCCGUUUCUCGGCCCACCAUUCACGCACCAACGGACGCCGCGUAAGAUGGUGUACUAUGGGCAGACCAGCUGUGAGCAGGACACAGAGAGAUACAUCGAUGUGGUGAAGUACGUGUUCAGCUCCUACAGGAAGGAAGUACCUUUAGUCAUCAACACUAUGGGCUGGGUGAAAGGUGAGGGGUUGCUGCUUCUGACUGAUAUGAUCCGGCUGCUGUCGCCCACUCACGUGGUGCAGAUGGAUGUGUACGACUGGAAGGCCAUGGCUCCGCUCACCCCCGAGAGCGUCCAUCUGGCGCCCGGGCUGUACACCAAGGGCAAGCAGCGAGCCAAGGGCGAGCGGAUGGACCUGAGUGCAGCAGAGAGCUGGAAGUGCUCUGAGGGGGAGGAAGAUGCGUCAGCUCCUGAGUAUAAGCUGCUCUACGUCCACCCUGAAUUCCCUCGAGCUGGGGCUGCAGGUGAAGCGCGCGUGCACAGCAGCAUCUUACGUGACAUGUCCAUCCUGGGUUACUUGGGGCAGCUGCAGCCCCCAGAUGUGGCAUCCGUCCUGCCGCUGCACAGCCUCGUGCCAUAUCAGGUACCUUUUAAUGCUGUUGCACUCAGGGUUAUUCACACCGAUGUUGCUCCUACCAACAUCAUGUAUGCAGUGAACGCCAGCUGGGUUGGGCUCUGCAGGAUACCAGAUGAAAUCAGAUGCCAAACUGCCGGGCCAGUGCUGCUGACACAGACACCCAUCUGUGAUUGCCUUGGCUUCGGAAUUGUCCGAGGGGUCGACAUGGAGAAGCAUCUGUAUCACAUCCUGACCCCGGUGCCUCCUGAGAACCUGAGAGUAGUGAACUGCCUUCUGCUGGGAAACAUUGCUAUUCCAAACUGCAUUUUUGUCAGCCAGGAAGGAAUUGAGGGAGAGAUCCCUUAUGUCACAUCCGAGUAUAACUACAGCAUUUUGGGGUCUGGGAAGCUGAGAAAGAAGAAGCAUUUCCAGAAGAGGGAAUGCACGUUCCAGUGUGAUUACACUUGAAGCCUUUGGACUGCAGGAUUUGUUUUGUACGGCAGGAGGCCUGGGGUCCACAGCUGCAGGAGACCCCAAGCAGCUGAUCUGUAGAUACGAAAACAUCAUUUUUAACAGUAUUUUAUAUUUUCAGUAUGUAUUUUGGUGUUUUGUAAUAAAUGAGUUGAAAAAUGGUUUGA